AUGGGUCCUGUUACUCAAUAUUUUUCGGCUAAUCCAACAAUUCCUCGAACUCGAUCCUUGUUGUCUAUUAAUAAUACCCUAACAUUGGAUAUUAUUGAAGGAAUCUAUGAUUUUGAUACAAGUGCAUUUGUUCAACUCGUUUUUGCAUUGGCGAUUCCGGAUGUUUCCUCCUAUACGGUUUAUUUUGCUCCAGGAUUCAUUCAUACUAUGAAAUUAAUCGAAAAUUAUUUUGAAGAAAUGAGUCUUUGUAUUUCUUCUGCUAAUUUCGAUCAAAGUUCACUCGUUCAAAAGAAUAUUGUGGAUCCAGACUUUCGAACAACCUUAAAUCAAACAUUGAACGAAGUGAUUGCUCAAUAUGGCGGACAGACAUAUCGAUUGGAACGAGCUGAACAUAUUCGAUAUGAAUGCCUCAAAAAAAAUGUUCCAGGACUCCUGCAUCGUCUUUGGCCUAAUAUGAUUUAUGCUUCUACGACGAUAGGAAGCACAUUUUUAAUGUACAAAGAAGUCGUUCAAUAUUAUUGUGGAGAACGGCUAACUCUGAUUAAUUUACUUGUCUAUGGUACAAGUGAAGGCUUCUUUGGAUGUAUUGCAAGUAUUCACACUGAUGAGUACCUUCUAUUACCAACAUCCGCAUUUUUUGAAUUUAUCAAAGAAGAAGAUAUCCAACAAGCUCAACCAAAAACUCUUCUUCUCUCAGAGCUUGAACCAGGACAUCGAUACGAAGUAGUUUGUACAACUGACGGUGGAUUGGUUCGAUACAGAAUGGGUGAUGUCAUCAAUUGUACAAGAUUUUAUUCUCGAGCCAAUGAUUUGAUCUCAUUACCAGAAGAACCACUCGACACUCCUCGAAUUCCUCUCAUUUCGCUUGCAUAUCGUGUUGGAAACGUUUUAAGUAUAUUUGGUGAGCAAAUAACUGAACAACACAUGAUGAAUGCUCUUCAACAAACAACUCGUCAAUGGAGAGAACGAGGAACACCGGUUGAUCUGCACGAUUUUACAUCGUGUCCGAAAUUAGAUGUAUUUCCAGCCAAAUAUGUUAUCUUUGUGGAAUUGAUUGAAGAUCAAGGAUACAAAAUUAAUGCACAACAACUUCGAAUUCUUCAGAAUACCGCCAGUGCAGAAGUCGAUCAACAACUUUGCAAAACGAACCAAGGUUAUACAAAAAGUCGAAGUGCAACAAAGCUUGAUUCACUUGAUUGUAUUUUUGUUCGAACUGGAACAUUCUCGACAUUUAAGGCCAAAUUCUUGAUGACCGAUCGCACCAGUCCUGUGCAAAUCAAACCUCGUCGAAUACUGAAGAAUGAAGAUCACAUUCGAUUCUUUUAUGACAAUCAAAUUGAUAUAUCAUCAUCGUAA